AGAAUCAGAGAGCAAUAAUAAUAAUAAGAAAAGGAUCAUGUGGAUCUCAUGGAUCCAGCGAGCCGGCCAGUCCACGCCCACCUGCUUCAAUUAUUUUUACAGUCUCCCUCACCUUCACCAGUUUUGUUUUGCUCAACCAUCACUCCAAUUACAACUGUUUCAAAUUUUGUUUGUCCAUCACAAUAAGAAGAAGACAAAGGACGAGUGGGCACCUGCUUUUCUUGCGAUCUUUCAUUGUUUUUUGCUGUGAGUUUUUUGUAUAUAGCACCUGCUGCAGUUGGGUUUUUCAAAGAAUUGGAAGCGGAGUUCUGUGUCAACGAAUAGGGGGGUUUCCGGUUUCCGAGAAGAGUGGAGUGAGAGUCGAGUUGCAGUAACUGGUUGAGUGUGAGAGAGAAGAAUUGGGGGUUUCCGGUUUCGGAGAGAGAGUGGAGUGAGAGUUGAGUUACAGUAACUGGUUGAGUGAGUGAGUGAGAGAGAGAGGAUGAUGGUGAUGUUGUCAUUGAGGUAUAUGGAUGUGGGUCUACGCAAGAGUGGGCUGGAAGUGUUUGGUUGUGGUUGUUCUUCUGGUUAUUGUGGGGGUCUAUCUUCUUCAUUGUGGUCUCCGUCGUCUGUGUUGUUCUCAUAUGGUGGGAAAAAGAGCAAGAGAAAUGGGCAUUGCACCAGGGGCAGGGUCGCAGGGAGAGGUGGACUGAAGACGUCGUGUGGGCAGCACAAAGGCACUGUUUGCUGUGGGGUUUCAUCAGUUCAUAGUCCAGAUACAACGUUUCAAGACCAAGUGGAUGUCCAAUUUGAGUCUAAUGGAAGUUUGAAUUCCGACGAACCUCUCUCUGUGUCUUCUUUGAUGGCUGAUGUUGCUCAUGAUCUCCAAAUCUUGAACCGCAAUCUGCAAGCAGUGGUCGGUGCGGAAAAUCCCGUCUUAAUGUCUGCGGCCGAGCAAAUAUUUAGUGCCGGGGGAAAAAGAAUGAGGCCAGCUUUAGUUUUUCUUGUUUCCAGAGCCACUGCCCAAAUGGCAGGAUUAGAAGAUGUCAGACCACAGCAUCGACGCUUGGCGGAAAUUAUUGAAAUGAUCCAUACAGCAAGUUUGAUACACGAUGAUGUCUUAGAUGAAAGUGAUAUGAGAAGAGGGAAAGAAACAGUUCACCAAUUGUAUGGUACUAGAGUUGCUGUGCUAGCAGGAGACUUUAUGUUUGCUCAGUCAUCGUGGUGCCUUGCAAAUUUAGAAAACAUAGAAGUCAUGAAGCUGAUCAGUCAAGUGAUCAAAGACUUCGCCAGUGGUGAAAUCAAGCAAGCAUCUAGCCUUUUCAACUGUGACUGUACAGUGGAGGACUACUUGUUGAAGAGUUACUAUAAGACUGCUUCCUUGAUAGCAGCUAGCACAAAAGCAGCUGCCAUAUUCAGUGGAGUUAGUGAAAGCAUAUGUGAUCAGAUGUACAAUUACGGAAAGAACCUUGGCUUAUCUUUCCAGGUGGUUGACGACAUACUUGACCUCACACAAUCAACGAAACAGCUGGGCAAGCCAGCCGGUAGUGACUUGGCAAAGGGUAAUCUGACUGCUCCUGUUCUCUUUGCCCUGAACAAAGAACCUAAGCUUAGGGACAUAAUUGACAGCGAAUUCACAGAAGUGGGUUCUUUGGAGUCUGCUGUUCAAUUGAUUAUUGAAUGUGGGGGAAUAGAGAGAGCACAAGAGCUGGCAAGGGAGAAAGCUGAUCUUGCAAUCCAAAGCCUCUGGUGCCUCCCUCAAAGCAUGCUCAGAUCUUCGCUUGAGGGGAUGGCAAACUAUGCCCUGAAGCGAAUUGACUAGAUGCAUGCACUUGGAGUUGGUGGCUUGAGUUUACCAACCCACUCAUUAUGGCUGCAUCAAAAUCGUGCUCCAUGUAUAUUGAGCCUAUUGUACUUUAUGUUGUCUGAGUGCGUUGUAAUUUCUAUGCAUUCAUCACUACUGGCUAUGAUUCAAGCUGUGCGGGUUAUGUGGAGACGUUUGAUAUAUCCUAGUGAAAAUUUAUGUUAAAAUAAGUGAUAAUCAAUAAAUUUAUGAAAUGCAGAAUUUGCUGCCAAAA